AUGGGAGAAGCAAUCGACAAAGAUUACUUAUCUCUAAUUGUUUCAAAUUUGAUUGAUGGUAUGUCUUUAUCAAGAGUUCCUACACAAUAUUUGGAGUACCUUUUUGAACCUCUUGCAAGCGAAAAAGAAAUUGCGAUGGCUUCUGGCAGAACUCAAACAGUAAUUCGUAUUCAAAACAUUGUUAAAGAGAUUAAUAGCAUUACAUCACCAAAUUAUCAUGAUAGUCCUCGCUCAGUUCGAUCUCAACGUUCAUCAAAUUCUUCACGAUCUUCAAUACCAAUCAAAAAGAAACAAAAGCCUAAAGAAGAUACUUCACAACUUAAAGAAACAUCUGAAUAUGAUAUGUCUCAUAUUCCAACACCCACUUCGUUACAAGAUAUCAUUUCUGUAUUAGAAGUAGAUAAAAAUAGAGCUGUUUCCGCUAGAGAUUAUCAUCAAGCACAAAAGAUUUACAAUAUUAUUCAUGAUAUUAAAGUUCAAUUAUAUCAAUCUCCUCAAAAAAUAUCAAAUUCUGGAAAUUACUUAAAUAUCGAGCGCAAGAUUGCUGAUUUCGAGGAUGAUCUUCAAGAUACUAUAGAUUAUUACGAUGAACAAAGAAAAUUAAUGCUUCAAUUUAAAGCUGACGCAGAAAAAGAAUUAAAAGAAAUACAUGAACAGCAGAUCUCUGACUUUAAAGAAACGUGGCCUAAAAUAUUACCAGCACCAUUCAGAAAAGUAUCAAAAAGAGUUCUUGAAAUUCGAGACCAAGAAAGGCACUUAAUAUAUAUGAACAGAUAUGAUGAUGCUAUCGAAUAUAAGAAUAGAGCGGAUAGGCUCGAAAAGCGUGAUAUAGAUAGACAAAGAGAUAAUUUUAAUGACCAAUUCAGAAGAAACUUAAAGACAUUGAGGGAUGCUCAAAAAAAGGAACUUCUUGCAUUAAGUGCAAAAUGGGCCUCAAAAUUAGAUGAAUUAAAUGCUCAUGCGAAGAAGGAUAUAGAAAAUAAGAAGAGAAAUAUAGAAUUAUUGAAAUCAAAACUGUUACUUGAUGAUGCUUCAAGAUUUAGGCUUUCUGACUAUGAAGGAAAAAGUAGUGUAAGAUCUCCACUAAGUCAAAGAAAUCCAUGGAAACCAUAA